AUGUCGUCUAACGAGGAGAAUCCUACACUCGAGACACCAAAUGCAAACUGGGCCGCUCUGCGUCAUCUCUUGAAGACUUACGCCAAUACCCUCGACAAAGUCAAAGCUGAUGAAGAGAGUCUCUGCGACACAGCCGAGCUUUUUGAUACCGCCAGCAAGCUGAUGCAUGAGGUGACUAGCCUUUGCAAGGAGUAUGCCAAGCUGAAGGGAGGAGCUCAGUGGCCGAUCCCGAAGGACUCGAACUUUGCAAAUCGGCAGGCCAUGAGGUUCUUCAGCGAAUUCGCGGACGUCCCUGAGACAGCAGCUCUCCAGAAGGCCAUCAGCGAAGCCCUUUCUACCGGGCUCCAGCAGCUUGUUGAGGGCCGGAAACAAGCGUUCCAGCAGGCGACCACGUCUAUGGCGGGAGAGCAGCAAAGCAAGCUCCACCAUCUGCGCGGCGAGGCCGCCAAGCUCGGUCACGUCUCGGCGAUCGCCUUCGCACUCAGCGAGGGAAAUGACGACAUGAAGGUCUGGUACGAGACCGUCCUGGAGAAGAGGCGAAAGGUGAUCGACAUCGCCGAAAGCAUCCAGCAAAAGUUGACAGAGCUGGACUGCACAUAUCCCGAUGCGGAUCUUGAGAUCGAGUGGCAGAAGAUUUCGGGGCCGCUGGAGGAAAUGUCCAUCAAUCGGCACGAUGUGGCCGUCUUGGAGGCUGUCAAAAGGACAAAGUUGAAAUGGAUGGAGACACCAGGAUACGACGAUGAAGACGGACACAUCGGCUGGAUCGACGAUGAGAUCCUAGACAUGGAGUGUGAUUUCGACGAGAUGCGGGAGAAGAUCGCCACAAGCCUCUCAUUGAUUGCUCGCAGGGCACCAUGGCUACAUGAUGGGCUGCACAGUCUCCGGCACAGCGAGGUGAUCCACGGGAUGAAGUGUGUGGAAGAGAGCAUCAAUGCAAGGUCAAACCCGGAUCUUCAAUACGACGAUGAGAAGGGAAGGAAUUAUCUCCUCACUCGCAUCAACGGCUCCGGCGUUCGAGCGCUCCGUGUGAACCUACUCGAUUGGGCCACCGCUGAAGGUUCUGCGAACCCUAUCGCGGCGAUGCGUUUGACAGACACCACUCCGAUCUCGGCUGCCGUCCGUGAUUACGACUGGCUCGAGCAUGAAGGGGAGAAGGACAAAGCUCUGGGCUGGGCUAUCAACAGAUACUUGUUCGAUGGAUCGCUGUAG